AUGCCGCCCAAACAACCCCAGGCAUCGCUGUUCCAAGUUUAUCUCCGUCUACGCCCGCCGUUUUCCCAGAACCCCAAUGAAUCCGACCGGUUCCUGAACGUUGAGCCUCCAGAGGCCUCGCAAGAUGAAACAGAAAUUGUCUCGCCAGGAUCCACGCAUAUUACUGUCCAAUCUCCAAAUGACACGAGAAAGCGCGCCAUUGAGAGGUUUGGGUUUACAAAGGUCUUCGAGCAGGCUGCCUCGCAAUUGGACGUCUUUCACGAUACUGGGAUGGAACCCAUCAUCCGCGGUGUGCUGAAAGAAAAUCGAGAUGGACUCGUUGCUACCCUUGGAGUCACAGGGAGUGGAAAGAGCCAUACCAUUCUAGGAUCCAAGACACAACGAGGAAUGACCCAAAUGGCACUUGACGUGAUCUUCCGCUCCCUGGAGCCGACCAUCAAAACAGAAGAUCACAGCAUUACUCCCGUAAUGCUGGCCUCACUGGCCGCUGCGGAUACUUCUGAAGCUCAGUUGUUCUCCGCCCAGACGUUUUUAGAGGCAGUAUAUGGCGAGCCAAAUGGACGGACUUCGAGAGCUCAAACUCCCAUGAGCCCAUCCCGUGCCAACACACCUUUGAUGGUCUCGACUGAGUACCCUGGAUGGAUUACCCCCGGAUUUUCUAAUCCUAUUCCUUACACCCACUCCAAUAUCUUUGAGUCCCAGUUAGCUAAAUCUCGACUUUACGUUUUGCAGGAACCGACCCCUGCAUUGAAUUUCCCCCGCCGUCACAUACGUGAACGACCAUGCGCCCUUCCGAGAUUGCCUGACAUGAGCCACCUUACGGUUGAGAUGGAUUCUAACGCCGAUUAUGUCGUUUUGGUAUCCAUGUAUGAGGUAUAUAACGACAGAAUCUUUGAUCUUCUUUCUCCCGCUAUAGUCACAGGACAGGGUACCAUGUCCCGUGGAAAUAACCAAAAAGAUCGUCGACGGCCCUUACUCUUCAAACCCACCGAGGGCUCACCAGAUCGCAAAUUAGUUGCUGGGCUACGCAAGAUUGCCUGUAGCAAUUAUGAUGAAGCACUUGCUAUAUUGGACGUUGGUUUGACCGAACGCAAGGUAACUGGCACUGGAAUGAACAGCGUUAGCUCUCGCAGCCAUGGCUUCUUUUCCCUGGAAGUCAAGAAGCGAACAUACUCAAAGCGAACCCGUGAAUACAGUUGGGCUGGAAACGCACUCACCGUUGUGGAUCUUGCUGGCUCUGAGCGUGCGAGAACAGCCAAGACGGCCGGUGCCACACUUGCCGAGGCUGGGAAAAUCAACGAAAGCUUGAUGUAUCUCGGUCAAUGCCUGCAAAUGCAAAGUAACAUUCAGGAUGGAAUGAAGACUGCUCUCGUUCCAUACCGGCAGUGCAAAUUGACUGAGCUAUUGUUUUCGAAUUCAUUCCCAUCAUCUCAACAGAUGUCCCGGGGCCAAUACCCCCAAAAGGCAAUUAUGAUCGUCACGGCUGAUCCCCUGGGCGAUUUCAACGCCACCUCUCAAAUUUUGCGUUACUCCGCGUUGGCUCGUGAAGUCACUGUUCCUCGCGUCCCAUCGGUUUCUGUAUCCGUUGUGUCUUCGGCAUCAAGUAGUCACCGUUCGGCUAGUGGCUGUGUUUCCCCAGUUUUCGAUUCAACCGAAGAGCUCGAAAGAGCUGUCGCAGACAUCACACGCCUAACUCACGAUUGCCAAACCCUCGCUGUCAAGUUGGCCGAAGAAGAAUUCGCAAGAUCUGAUCUUGAGAUUAGACUGAAGGCUGCUGAAGAAAGAUGUCUCAUGAUUGAACAGGAUGUAAGAGAGGAAUGCUGGGCCGAAAUGGAUGAGAAAACGGAAGAAGAAAGGCGACGUUGGCAAAAGGCGUGGGAUGACCAGAUCGGCCGCAAUUACGAGCAUCUUGACAAGAAGGUUGAGCUUGUGUCCCGUGGCUUCCAAAUCUUCGAAGACUCAGGAUCGAAUCAAAGAGAUCAAAGAGUUGAAGAGCUUGAGCAAGAAAACGACGAGCUUCGCCGCAAACUUGCCGCUUUUGAGCGUGAGAUGCACAGUCAAUCUCCGUCAAAAAAGCAUAGGCCCAAAAAUCCUGCACCCUCUCGGUCCAACCAUCUAGGCCGUGAGAGUGAUAUUGAGAAUGCGUUGCAACGUAUGGAUCAACUGAAGCUCGCAGACACCAUGUUUACUCCUCCAUCGCCAGCAGGGACUUCGCCCACCAAGAAGACGCGGAAAAUGGGAACUCGGAAAUGGGACCUCGCCCCAGAGGACCAGAUCUAA